AUGAUUUUACUUCCGUCUGCCAUUCCUACACUGACCAUUGAUACACCUGUUCAGAAUACAACAAAACUUUUAUAUGUCAAAUCAAAAAGACUGUGGGUGAUGUCUGAUUUGGAUAAUGACAUAAUUCAAGUCGACACUAAAGGAAAUAUGAAAGAAACAGUUUAUUCAUCAGGACCGUUCUGCGUUUCAAAAGAUGAUGCCUUGUUAUAUAAGUCAGAUCCGUUUAUGGAAUAUGAAGAUGAAGAUGAGGAUGAAGAUGACGACAAAUAUGGCGAUCGUAUUAAGAAAAAGACUUCAGAAAUAUCUAUCACACUGCUUAAAACAAAAAAAUCGGAGGAUAUAAUUGGUCAUUAUAGUUCUUUUGUUAAUGGUCACAUCUUGGUAUUAAUACAAAUAUCUACUGUAACAGAAAGUCCUUGGCAACGUCAUUUAUCUCAUAAGAUAACAAGGUACGAUGAAAAUGGACUGAAGAUUGAGGACAUCUGGAUAAACGACAGAAUACAAGGAUGGCGGUUUUCGUCAUUUGAAUAUGCAUAUAUCACGGAGAACAAGAACGGAGACAUCAUCAUAUCUAGUAAGAAAUAUAAGACAGUAGUGGGGAUGGACAGGUCAGGAGAACAUCGGUUUCGGUAUUCACAUCCUGAGGAUUUGACUCCCAUGGACAUCUGUACAGACAAAUACGGACACAUACUUGUUGCUUUUGAAUCUAGUAUUCAUCUCCUGGAUGAAGACGGGGCUUUUAAGAAAAUAUUGCUGAAAAAUAUGUCAUCAAACAUAGUAUUUACCUGUCUUUGUCUAGACGACAAACAAAAUAUAUAUGUAGGGAACGAUCGUGGCAUCGUGAACGUCUAUAAGUAUUUGAAAGACGAAUAAAUAUCUUUUGAUAUAAAUUAGACAUAGAGUGGAGUUAAAACUAAAAGAAAGUUUCACUUUUAAUCUUAUUUUUUUUAUGUCAAUGUGCUUUGUGUUAUACAUAUGUAAAUAUUAUCAUAUAGUUAUCAAUACAUGCACGGCUCUGUAUAAAUAUGUACGACAAUUCCCUAUUAUACUUUAUUCAAAGUGUUAAGAACAUUUCAAAAUUUGAGAAAUUUGAUUUGCUGUCAAAGUGAAGAUAAUUGGUUUAUUGUUUGAAAUAAAAUUGAUACCUUCUAUUUAUAUUAAUUGCUUUAUAGUAGUUAAAGUUCACUACUUAUAUUGAUGGGUUUAUAUUAUUUAAAA